AUGCCGUCUUUCUUCGCGUCCGGGGGGUUGAACACCUUCCCGCCAACUCCGCCACACACCAACGUCGCUCCUCGCAUCGAGACCGACCCUUCGUUCUACGCCAGUGCUGGUGCUAGUGCUACCACCGGCGGACAUGCCGGCUUUGCCUUUGGCAGGUACGGGGCCGGAGCUGAGUAUGAAAAGUACCAGCCUACCUACCCCAACCCUUACCACGGCAGAGGCGAUCUCAACCACAAGAACAGUUCUGGAAAGCAGCAGUUGAUGGCUCAGCAGAUGCUCUACAACAAUCCUCUCGCUCACGGCCACGGCCACGGCCUCGGUCUUGGUCUGGGCCAUGGCCACCAUGGGCUCAUGGCGAUGCAUGGAAGCAAGUUGGCUCCUAUGGACAGUGCGGUGCCUCCUCAGUACCGUCGUCAUGAUCCCAUGAUCCAUCAGGACCAGCACCAUAUCCAGCAGCACCUCCAGCAUCAACACCAGCAGCGAAAGCUGCAGCAACAACAACACCAUCAACACCAGCAGCAACAGCAGCAGCAGGCAAAGGAACAAAAGACCACCGGCGGCGUGGCGGCUCAUCUAGACUACGACAUGGACCAGAUGACCGACUUCGUGGCCGAGAUGGCCCAUGGAAUGUAUGCUCUCUACCAGUCUAAGCUAGUGCUUGCAGAUAUUGACAUGCUCCGAAGCGUCCACCCAGGAACCACGCCUCCCUCGCAGUUCCGCAAAUACGUCUCCCAGAUCCUUUCGUCUACGCGUCUGCCUAGCUCCACCAUCCUUCUCGGCCUCUACUACCUGGCCUCUCGCAUGAGGAUGCUAUCCUCCGCCGACGUCUACCCGACUGCUGUCAAGACAUCGUCUUCGUCGUCGUCUACACCUGCUACCACCCAGGUCUACCGUAUGCUCACUACCGGCCUCCUGCUCGGCAGCAAGUUCCUCGACGACAACACCUUCCAGAACCGCUCCUGGGCUGAAGUCAGCAGCAUUCCCGUCGCAGAUCUCAACUCCAUGGAGCUUGAGUGGCUCUUUGGCUUCGAGUGGAAGAUCCACGAGCGUAUACACACCAAGAAUGACGGAUUCAUGUCCUGGAAGGCUCACUGGGAUAGCUGGAGAGCCAAGGCUGAUGCCCGUGUCGCUGCUGCUGCGGCGGUUGCAGCCUCAUCCAACGAAUCCCGUGCAAAGCUCGCCCCCAUUGACACAAACAUCAUCCACCGUCGUCAUCCACUCUACCAUCACGGUAGCGGCCACCACAGCGCGCUUCCCAAGGCCAUGCUUUCGCCCGACGGCCCCAUUCCACCACAGUACCAGCGCAGUGCUUGCCCCUGGCUGCCAACCAGCAACACCAGCACUGCUGCAACCACUCCUCUUGCUGCAUCCGACUAUUCACCACCUUCCGCCCCUCACACCGGGCCUAGCACACCAGAUUACUUCCACUCUGUGGGUGGUUCUGGUUCAAAUGCUGCCUGGCCAUACAACGCUCCACCUCCAUACUGCGCCACUUGGCUCCCUCAGCAACAGCAGCAGCAGCAGACAUCUCGUUCCGGGCCUACUGCUCUUCCAUUGUCGCUUCCUCGUUCCCAGCCACCGUCUUACGUUCAUACUCCAAUGUAUGCCAACGCCUUCAGUCCAAUCAACAAUAACAUCAACGGGAACGUCUGGACGGGUCACGGCCCUGGAUGCGGCUGCCUCUACUGCGCAAAGAGCCAUGAUCUCUACUUCCCCGUCUCUUCUUUCGGAAUGCAGCCUGUUGCCGGAUGA